UGCAAAAUGCAGGCCGUGCGCAUAAGCCGGCGACUGCCGGCGAUAAAGUGAUAAACGAUUUUACGAUAUCCAUACAUUUUUAUAGUACGAUAGUUCUCUACGAGACCCUUCAUUUCUCAAGUGUUGCUCCACAAGGCAAUCUUGUCUGUUCGGAAUAGAGCUUAUUAUUGUGAAACGGACGUGAAUUGUCUCAUGCGAGACACUUCGAAUCAUUAUUAGGUUUCACUACGCGGACCUUCGUCUCUUCUUUCUGCUUCCCCACUUACACCGAGUCUGUUCCUGUUCAUAAAAAGGAGACGGAGCGAUGGCAAGUCUCGAUGUGAAGAAGCACACACUUUACACGCCCAGCUUAGAAGAAGUGGCAAAAGUGCUCAACGAUGGGCUGAAGGGCUAUUUCAAGAAAGUGGAUGUAGCAGUGACUGACUGUCCUGAUCUGCGGCGAAAGCCUUUCAUGCUGGCGUCAGAAGGUAUAUGUGGGAGGCCCAGACUGUCAGAUGUUGGUGGCGUUCCAUACCUUAUACCAAUGGCCAGAACUGAAAAAAUAUACAGCAUUAACGAUGUGAUGAAGUGCGUUGAAUUGCCCGAUGGCUUUGUGAUAGGAGCCGGGGCUGGUCCACAUCACAUUGUUGGCGUCAAUUGUGAGAUGAUGCACAAUAUGAAGUGUGGCCCUAAUGCAGUUAGCAAUACUCAUUACGCAAAAAUAGAGGAUGAGAAGUGUGCACUCGGAACUCUGCCGCCCGAAAAAUGUGAAUUUUGUCUCAUGGCUAACUUACUGGUUUCGGAAGGAAAACCAGGAAAAGUACUUAGGGUUAGUGCCAAGCACCGUAUCGGUGAAGACAAUUUUGUGAAUUCCAUGCGGAAAAUUUUGAACAAGAAGUAUGGGGCUAACCCAGUCGGCCUUGGCGGCGUUUUCGUCAUACAACAGGGGAAAGCAAAGCUGCAUGUUAUGCCUCACUUUUCCGAGACACCGUUGGUGACCAAUGAUGAUGUCAACAAAUGGCUGAAGUUCUUCAACAUGAGCGCUCCGCUAGUUUGCCUGAGUACAUUCCUGUCCCAUGAUCCGGGAUGGGACCUGCGUAUUGAACACACCCACUGCUUCAGCGACCAUGGAGAAGGUGGGCAUUACCACUACGAUGUGACACCGACGGAAGUGGAGUACCUGGGAUACUUCAACAUCGCGGAGUUUAUGUACCGUAUUGAUGCACCAACUGUUACGCACAGUAUUGGAAGGGACUAAAUAUUGUUAAUAAUAUUUUUCAUGACUCGUUAGCAUAUCCAUGCAUAUUUUUAUACGUAUUAAAUACAUGUUGCAAUA